AUGAAGAUACUUUGUUUUCACCGCAACUCUGAAAUUGUUAACGAAAAUUUAAGGGAUCAUGAUACAAAAAACUCUAUCCACAUUGAAGACAAAUUGAGUGAUUACGAUGAUGAUCUCUACCAAUUCUAUCACCAAGAAGAGUGUCAAAUUAUUCCCAACUCAAAAGGGUACAAAGUUGAUAGUGAGAUGAGAAGGAAUGUGGUAGAUUGGUUGAUAUACUUACAUUAUGAUUUGGAACUCGUGUCGGAAACCCUAUAUCUUAGUGUCAACAUCCUUGAUCGGUUUCUCUCAAAAAAUAAUUUUGAAGUGUCAACCAUGAAUGAAUUUAAACUCAUUGGUAUCACGUCAUUGUUGUUAGCUUCUAAAUAUGAACAAAGAAGUGAGAUUGGUGUUAGCGACCUAGUAGAAUACUCUUUUACUCUGGAUGAAAUAUGUGAAAUGGAGAAUCUUAUAUUAAAAGAGCUCGGUUGGAUUUUAACGGUUCCAACAUGUUAUAUGUUUCUUGGUAUAAACUUAAGAACGUGUCUUUUAUCUGAUAAAGACAAGAUCAUGGAAAACAUGGUGCUUUUCUUCUCUGAGCUGAGUUUGACGCAUUAUCAAAUUGUGUGUGAUUAUAAGCCUUCUGUAAUUGUUGCUUCUGCGGUGUAUUGUGCGAGAAAUGUUAUUGGAAGAUAUCCUCUAUGGAGUAAUGAGUUGAAGUUGUGUUGUGGAUACUCCGAAGAGAAUUUAAGUUCUUGUGCUAAGGUUAUGAUGGAUUUGCGUAAUGAAAUUUGUAGAGAUGGAAGCAUGCAUGUUUUUAAGAAAUUUUCAAGUUUAAUAGGAUAG